AACGGAUAGGCAACAUGACCUUGAACAGGAAUAAUUCGUAACGGAGCAAUCGUGUUUUGAACCUGUUCAUACAGGCGACGUCAUCGCUCGCCCUCUUAUAAAUGCGUAGGGUAGUGCGAGAGUGUUGCACUACGGACUGCUCAUCACUAAAGAAAAUGAACACCGAAAUGAAAACCCCAUACCAAGGCAACAGGAGAGUCUGUGGAUAUUUCGAGUGCAGAAAGUGCAGCAAGCGUUGGUUCUCUGCAAACAGUUGGGCCAACUGCAAUCAGAAGUGCAAAUCGUGCAACACCGAUGUUUACCCUUACAAGCAGGUCAAGCGCGAGAAAUCCGAUAACCCACCGAAGGAAAUCCGCCCCCACCCGCAAGAGAUGUGUCAGAAGUGCAGACAGCUUGGCUUCUUUUGUGGUUCUAGAGUUGCCUAAAGAAACCCUCAAAUCCACCCUACAUCAACGUCAAAGAUGAGAGAAAAAUUUUUAUCAAAGGAUUUUGUGUGAGUGAGAGAGAGAGUGAGUAGAAUGACCAGUGUAAUCUGGAGAAUGGAAGGAUACAUCACAAAUAGAGAGAAACUUUAAUGUAAGUCAGUGGAAGGAAUAUUCACAUAUUCAAAGUCGUUGUUUGUCUUCCAAAAAGAGAGUAAUAAAAAACAAGAUUUCUGACUAUAUUGUAAAAUGUCUACCAUUUUGAUAAUAAAUAUGAUUUAAAAA